AUGCCACCCAAACGCAAAAAGUCUCUCGUUGAGUCCUCAACCGAAUCUCCCACCCCAGAUGACAACUUCGACGUCGCAUCCGUUGCAUCUAUACCUUCUACCGCAUCCGCUACGCCGGUUAAACCCAAGGCUAAAAAACCUAAAGUCGAGAAAGGAGAGAAAGUCGAGAAAGUUAAAGCUCCUCCUAAAACCAAAGCUUCUAUUAAAGAAAAGGUCCCACUUAAAGAUAAAGAGGUGAAAGGAAAGGGGCUGAUUAAGGAAGUCAAGGAGACGAAGGAAAAUAAGGAAACGAAAGAUACUAAAGUUAUAGGUAAAGAUGGCAAGGAGAAAGUGAAAGCUGUGACGGGUGAUGAGGCACAAGAGGUAUUGUUGGAAUAUUUGAGUAGGGAGAAUAGACCUUUUAGUGCGGGGGAUAUUAGUGGAAAUUUACAUGGGAAGGUAACCAAAACCCUCACCGACAAACUCCUCAAAGAACUCUGUAACUCCGGUCUCAUUAAUGGAAAAGGUACGAAUGGCGAUGGAAAGGGCUCACAGUGGGUAUACUGGGCCUUCAAGAUCCCAAUUCUUCUCUCUCUCCCGAACAACUCGCAGAAAUGGAUUCUCAGAUUGAAGAUCUGCAGGGAAAUUGAAUAUACAACUUGCGGGGUUAAAAAAGGAAAUGGGGUCCAGGAAUUGAAAGAUGAGAUUGAGAGAUUGGAGGAGGGGAAGAGAGAGAAGGAAGAGAGGUUGAGGGGGUUGAGGGAGGGAAAGGAAGUUGUGAGGAAGGAGGAGGUGGGGAGGGUGGAGAGGGAAUUUACGUAUUGGGGAAAGAUGAGGGGGGUUAGGAAGAGAGGGUUUGAGGGUGUGGAGGGGCUGUUGUUGGAGGGAAUGUCGAAGGAGGAUGUUUGGGAGAAGGCGGGAAUUGAGGGGGAUGAGGAGGGGGAGUUGUGGUUUUGA